UCGCUGGCGCCAUGUGCAUUGCAGUCUGAAGUUAGGAUGCAUGGUUGAUCUUAUAGAAAUUGCUUUGUGACCUUAGUAACUUUAGGAUGAUUGAGUAAGACCUGUAGGAAGACAACGAAGUUCUUUAUUCGGCGAUGGCGAUGCAAGUGAAAUUCCCGUUUGGGAGGACAGUGAGCAUUUUAGUAACUCACGUGGAAGAGGCUUCGGGGAAUUUUUUCGUUCAAAUCAACGCCGAGGCGGGAAAAUUGGAUGCACUCAUGGUAGAAAUAGAAGAAAAUGUGCUCUCAGGGAAAGCUAGACCACCCAAAGUUUCAGAUAUUAUGGUCGGCUGCAUUUAUUUGGCGCAAUAUAAAGAAGAUAAUCGAUGGUACCGGGCUCGCAUCUUACGGGUGAAUCCCGCUGAUCAACAGUGUGAAGUUUUCUUUUUGGAUUAUGGAAAUACAGAUUUCGCGCCCUUAAGUUGCAUAAGAAUCGCAGAAGAGAAGUUUUGUGACUUGCCGCCCCAGUGUUUCGAAUGUGAGCUUGAAGGAGUUGAUCUUCGCAGAGAAAGUUUUGACGAAACGGUGACCUGGCUGAACAAGACUAUCUUGGAGCAAGAGCUUUAUUGUAAGGCCGUUCAGCUGAAGAAACAGAAUAUCUUAGUUACACAACUUUUCUUCGAUGAGAGAGGUACUAAAUCCGUCUUCGACGAGAUGCAAAGUGGUGGUUUAAGUACUGCUGCUGCCGUUCCCUUGACCAAUGGAGAUAGCAAAUUACCUCAACAACCAAACCUGAGGAGGGAAGUGAAAUACAACUCAAUCAGUCUCCCCCCUGAUUCAUACAAUGAUCUCAGUGUGACUUGGGUGGAAGAUCCAUCACAUUUCUGGUGCCAGCUCUUGGGUAACACAGACCUACUGGAGAAAUUAAUGGAUGAUCUUGCCGAGGUCUACACUUAUCAGGAUCCAGCAACUUUACCUUUACAGUCAUGCACUGUGGGAUAUCCCUGCUGUGCAAAGUUCUAUGAAGAUGAUACAUGGUAUAGAGGAAUAAUCACCAAUGUCAGUUCGAUUGCUACUGGACAGAUUGAAGUUAGGUUUGUGGAUUAUGGCAAUACGCAGCAGACGGAGUUGUCAGAUGUCAGAGAUUUGAAGGAUGAUUUUCUAAAGAUUCCUUGUCAAGCCCUGAACUUUGCCAUAGCUGGGGUUGAACCUGCCAGCAAGGAUGGGCUUUGGGCUGAUGAAGCCAAAGUGUUGUUUGAGAAGUUGAUUAAAUUUAAACAUGUGGUGGGACUUGUAACCAGUGUAGAGAACAGUGGAAAACAUAGAGUGAAACUUAUAGACACAACCUCAGAUAGUGAUAUGGAACUGAACCAAAUUCUCAUUGCUGCUAACUUUGGGAUUAAGUCAGCAGACUUACCUUGUGCAACCACGUCAGCAGCAACUGCAUCUCAGACAACUGUGAAAAAAAUGUCUCCACCUGUUUUUGCUCAAGAAAAUGUUCCAGUCGGGGUGGAGGAGAAAGCUUUGGUCACCAACAUUAUCAAUCCUUCGAAAUUUUACUGUCAGCUGUUUAAAAAUGGACCGAAACUAGAGAGUUUGAUGCAGGAGGUAAAUCGUCACUAUGCAAAACUUGGUGCAAAUGAAGAACUUCUGUCAUCUCCCUCUCCUGGCGAUCCAUGCUGUGCCCAGUUUUCAGAAGAUGGUUGUUGGUAUCGUGGUUUGGUAUUGGGAACUCAACCAAAGGGUGUCACUGUUCAGUAUGUUGACUAUGGAAACUCUGAAACACUACCAAUCAACAAGAUAAAGAAACUAAUUCCCAAGUUCUCUGACCUGCCACAACAAGGUAUUGAAUGCUCCCUGAACCGAAUCAUGCCCAAAUUUGUUUCUGGAGAGCUGAAGUGGAGACAUCAGGACUCUCAAAAAUUAAUUGAUUUAGCUUUGGAGAAAGAGGGCAUGCUUACAACUAUAACUCAGGACAGUAAAGGCAUCUGUCGAGUUGAACUUCUUGUAAAAAACAGAAGAGAAAAUCAGAAUAUUAGUGAUCAGCUGGUCCUUAGUGGAAAUGCAGAGUUUGCAGAUGGAGCAUUACCUACUUCUGAAAAUUGGAACAAUCUCAAAUCACAAACAAUUCCUGCUCCAGAUCUGAAAGUUGGCCAAUUUGAAGAUGUGAUUGUCAGUUACAUUGAACAUCCAUGCAACUUUUGGUGUCAGCUACAGAAAUCUGCGACAGAGCUUGAGUCAUUAAUGAGAGAAAUCUCUGAAGUUUAUGGUUCUGAAGGACAAAGGAUUGCCAUCUCUAAGCCUGUUUGUGAUAUGCUUUGUUGUGCCCAAUUCUCUGAGGAUAACAAGUGGUACCGUGGUAAAAUCACUGGCAUUAUGAAAGGAGGCCGAGUUGAAGUCCAUUUUGUUGAUUAUGGUAACUUUGAAAAACUACCACUUAGCCGUGUGAAGAAGCUGCAGACCGAGUUCUUGAAACUUCCAACACAAGCUGUAAAAUGUGCACUGGCUAAAAUCAGUCCCUCUCAUCAAGACUUGCUAUCUGAUGAUGUCAUGAGCAGAUUUGAGGAGCUAACUUUGGAUAAAGAACUUGUUAUGAUGGCUGACAAGUAUGAUGAAAUGAAUGGUGUAUUUCUGGUAGUCCUCCUUGAUACCACAGAAGGGAAGAACCUAGACGUUGGUAAUGAUCUUCAGACCAUCAUGACUCCGAGCUCAAACCGUGAAGAAGCUCACAUUGCUGCUCUGCAGGUUCAACCAGGUACUUCAGAACGUGUGUUUGUCUCUUCAGUAUCAAGCUCAUCAAAAUUCUUUUGUCAGUUAUUGAAAUCAUCUGAGCCAUUAGAUGUAUUGAUGAAUGACAUGUUUGAACAUUAUGAAAGUCUGGGUGCCCAACAGGAGAACAUGUUGAAACCAUCAGUUGGAGAGUUUUGUGCUGCUAAGUUUACUUUAGAUGAUGGUUGGUACCGUGCUAAAGUCCUUGAUGUUAACGGAAGCAAUGUUUCAGUCCUUUACAUUGACUAUGGAAACUCUGAAACUCUGUCAUCAUCACGACUCAAAUUGUUGAACUCAAAGUUUUAUCACCUUGCUGCUCAAGCAAUUGAAUGCUCGCUAUCUGGGACUUUCAGGGAGUCUUCUGAUAAAAUAUUUUUGGAACUUGUAUCAGAGAAAGAAUUUACUGCUCGAAUUGUGAAUGUCAGGAGUGGAGUUGCAGAGGUUGAUCUCAUAUCAAAGGACACCAAUCAGUCUGUCAGCAGCAUUUAUGUCAACUCAAGUCCAACAUCUCCAUCUUCUAGCAUUUCCCAGAUGCACUGGAAACCAGGAAAUACUGUUCAUGUAGUGAUCCCUUAUGCUGAAAGCACUCAGAAGUUUUUUUGCCAUAGUACAGCACACUCGACAGAACUAGAUGACCUUAUGACCAAAUUAGAAGAAUGCUACAGCUCCAGUGUGGAGAACAUAUCUUCCCUAAAUGUCGGCUCUCUUUAUGUGGCUUGGUAUGAUGGCUGGUACAGGGCAAAAGUGGAGAAAAUUCAAGGAAAGGAUGUCACUGUCAACUUCAUAGAUUAUGGAGAUAGUGCAACUAUCUUGCUUGACAAUAUUCGAACAAUCAAGCCUGAAUUUUCCACUCUACCAGCACAAGCCAUACCAUGCUGUUUGAAAGGUUCCUCAGCCAAUCAAGAGCCAGAAAAUUUCAAGGAGCUGGUUGGUGAACAAGAGUUUAAAGCACAGGUUAUAAGUGCAAAGGGCAACAGUGUUUAUGAAGUCAUUCUUGUGCCAUUAGAUGGCUCAGCACCACUAGGCCAACUGCUUUCUAAAGAACCACAAUCAUCAGCCUCACUAACCUUGAGUGUGCCAAACCUCAAGCUGAAACAUGGUGACAAAGUAGAUGUUUUCAUCCCAUUUGUGGUUAGUGCCCAGGAGUUCUAUUGUCAACUUUCUCAAAAUGAAAGUGAUUUAUCAGACCUCAUGAACAAGUUGGAAGAACAUUACAGUUUAGAUCAUGAGAACUUUAAUUCAAUUGGUGUUGGUGCUUUCUGUGUGGCACGCUAUGAGGAUGGUGGCUGGUACCGUGCUCAAGUUUCUCAGAUUCAAGUGAACAGUGUAGAAGUGUUUUACAUUGAUUAUGGUGAUUCUGCAACCAUUCCACAUAGCGGCAUAAGAUCCCUGAAACCACAAUUCUCACUGCUACCGGCCCAAGCUGUAAGUUGUUGUUUGAAAGGAUUUUCUGUCCAGCAAGGGCCUGAGAACUUUAAAGACCUUGUUAAUGAGCAGCAGUUCAAAGCCCAGGUGACAAGUGUGAAAUCAGAGAAUACUUAUGAGGUAGAAUUGAUGUCUGAAGAUGGAACUUCCCUCUUUACCAAAACACCAAUGUCUGGUGAAAUAGAAACUUCUGAGCCAUCUGCAAGAGUCAGUGACAUUCAGCUAAAUCCGGGAGUUGAAGUUGAUGUUUUUAUUCCAUUUGUGGACAGUGCACAAAAGUUCUUUUGUCAACUCUCUCAAAACUCAAGUAACCUGGAUGAACUUAUGAUAAGACUGGAAGAACAUUACAGUUCAAACCAGGGUAACCUGACUUCUAUCAGUGUUGGUUCUUUCUGUGUGGCUCGCUAUGAAGAUGGUGGCUGGUACCGUGCACGAGUCACCAAAGCUCAAGGGAACAGUGUAGAGGUCUUUUACAUUGACUAUGGUGAUGCUGCAACUAUUCCUCUAACCAGUGUCCAGUCACUGAAGACAGAAUUUGCAUCAUUACCAGCCCAAGCGGUUAGCUGCUGUUUGAAAGGUUAUUCUGCAAAUCAGGAGCCAGAAAACUUCAAGGACUUAGUUAUUGAGCAAGAAUUUAAACUUCAAGUGCAUGGCAGCCGUGAUCCUGGUAUCUAUGAAGUUGAGUUGUUCUCUGAAGAUGGUUCAAAACUGUUUGGUGCAUCAACCCGUGGGGAGGCUGAGAAAGGCUCUGUGCCUCUCAUGGAGAUCAAAGUAGGUUCAUUUGUAGAGCUGUGCCCCACAGAGUGUGUCAAUCCACAUCUGUUCUACUGCCAGAUUGCAACAGCAGAUCGCAAAGAGAUACUGUCAAAACUGAUGGAUAAACUCCAAGAAACUUCAGUAGAUAGUGAGCAACAACAAAACUUAGAAAACCCUACAGUUGGAUUAAACUGUACAGCACUUUUUCCAGAUGAUGACUUGUGGUACAGAGGAAGAAUCACUAAGGUUACAGAUGAUCAGUCUGUGGAGGUGUUCUAUGUGGACUUUGGCAACACUGUUACACUUCCUUUGAGUAAAGUGAGGACAGGAAAAGAAGAGCUAUCACAACUUGCUGCUCAAGCGAUCCAGUGUAGCCUAUCGUCCAUCUCCCCUGUCAGUGGUACAGAGUGGUCAGAUGCCUCUGUUGAAAGGUUUAGUAGCCUUGUAAUGCAAAAGCAAUUGGUUGGAAAAGUGAUAAAAAAAGGAAACCAAGAAGGCAUGGAAAUAGAAUUGUUUGACACAAGUCACCAGUCAGUUGACAUCAACAUAGGUGGCCUACUGGUCAAUGAAGGAUUAGCUGUCCAUUCUGCCACAAAAUCUGUUCCAGCAGCUCCAAGCAUGACAGGAAGUGAAGAAUUUACCAAACCUGUAGUAAAUAGUGGUGAAAUGUAUGAUGUUGCCAUUUCCCAUCUUUUGUCCCCUGGAAAGUUUUACUGUCAACUGGAGAAUAUGAAAGAUCAACUUGAUGGGAUGAUGACCGAUCUGAAUGAUCACCACUUCCAACUGGCUGAAACAGAAGGCUGUCUUGUCUCACCGUUAGUUGGACAGCCAUGUGUAGCACUUUAUGGAGAUUUAUGGUACAGAGCAAAAGUGCAGAAGAUCUCGGUGAAUGACAUCACUGUUCAUUAUGUUGACUAUGGGAAUGAUGAGACAUUGAAGCCAUCCAGUGUAAAGCAGAUUUCCUCCAUGUUCAUGAAGACACCUGAGGUUGCUAUUGAAUGUUCAUUAGAUCUGAAAAGGAACGAGUGGCCAGAGGAAGCCAUUGCACUAUUUGAAAGACUAAGUACUGCGGAUGAGCAGUUGAUCAUAAAGAUUCUUGGCUAUGAUAGUGGACAAUAUCAAGUGAAGGUGUUUGAUAAAAAGGCUCGUUGUUUAAGUGAAGAAGUACUCCACUUGAUCCCAGGAGCAGUACAAGAUACCCAGAAGGAAAAGAAGAAAAGAAACUUUGAACAGCUGCCCCUUCAUCCAGGUGAUGUGAAGAAUGCCUACGUUGUUCACACUGAAAGCCCUAGUGAUUUCUUCAUCCAGUUGUCAGAAACCUACCCUGAGCUUGAACAGAUGAUGGCAGAGAUUGCUGAAGUGUACUCUGGCCUUGCUGAUGAUCUGAGUCCUGGGGAUCUUGUUGUGGGCCAUCCUGUUUGUGCACAGUUUGCAGAAGAUGGUGGCUGGUAUAGAGGUGUAAUUCAAAGCAUACCAUCAGAGUAUAAAGUUGAAAUACAGUACAUUGAUUAUGGUAACAGUGAUGUAAUUCCUCUGUCAGAUAUCCGACAGCUGAGCAGCAGAUUUUUCAGCCUUCCAAUACAAGCAAUUCAUUGCUGUCUUGAUCUUCCAAGAGUAGAGUCUUUCAAAGAGAGAGUAGAAGACAAGGAGCUCAAGGUGAAAUUUCUGGCAACAGAAAGGGGAAAAUGGAAGGUUAGCUUAGAUGAUGACAAUGGAAUAACUGGCAGCAAAGAUGAAGUACCAAAAUGCUCAGAUGACGUAUUUGAGCUGAGAGAAUUUCCUCAACUUCAAAUUACUCAAGAGAUGGAGCAAAAUGUGUAUAUUAGUCACAUAGUGAGCCCGGAUGAAUUCUAUGUGCAGUUUGCGACUGGACUGGAUGAAUUGACAGCAUUGAGUGAAAAGAUAAAUGGGUUCUACUCUUUCUUGCAUCCAUCUCAAAAUGUGAUAAAGAAUCCAACUGAAGGAAUGUCUUGCUGUGCAAAAUUCAGCCAGGAUCAUUGCUGGUACAGGAGUCGGGUAAAAGGAGUGGCUCUGCAAGGGGUAGAAGUUGAAUUUGUUGACUAUGGAAACAGUGAAUUUGUGAACCCCAUUUAUGUAAAAGAUGUGGAGAAAGAAUUCAUGCAGUUACCUCAACAAGCCACUUUGUGUGCCCUUGAUGUUACCAAAGAUGAAUGGUCAGCUGAAGAAAUAAACAUAUUUAUGUCAGCAGCCCUUGACAAGACAUUUGAAGCUAAGUUCAUAACUCAAGAUGGACCGAAAUGGAGGGUAUCUUUACAAAGUGGUGGAACAUCUGUUGUAGACUUGUUCAUAAGCAACAGUGCUGCAGAUCUUCAGAAAACUAAAGGUGUGAGUGUUACAGGUGUGCAAAUGGAGACUUUCCUUCCAAUGGAUCUCUCAUUGGGCCAAAUUGAAGAAGUUUAUGUCAGUCACGUAACAGAGUCUGGGGAUUUUUAUGUUCAGUUGUCCAAAACAUCAUCAGAUCUGACCCAUAUUGAAAACAAAAUUGGAGAAAUUUAUGAUCAACUAGGCCCUAGUACAGACACUAUGGAGGUAUGUUUUGUUGAUUCAUUAUGCUGUGCCAAAUACAGUGAAGAUUUUCAGUGGUACAGAGCUUGUGUCACUAAAGUAGUUUCUGACUCUAAAGUGGAAGUCCACUUUGUUGAUUAUGGAAACACAGAUACCCUUCCUGUGUCAGCCAUUAAACAGCUUAGACCCAAUCUCCUUACCUUUCCUGCGCAAGCAAUCAGAUGCAAACUUGAAGGAUCCAAAGAUGUUUGGACAGAGAGUGAUGUAGAACAGUUUAGAGCUAACAUUUUGGAGAGACCUUUACAUAUGACAUUUACCAGGAAAGAAAAGGACACUUGGUGUGUGACGAUCCAAGAGCUUGACAUGUUUUCCACCAAAGCAAAAUUAGCAUUAAAAGAGAGGUAUACCAAGGAAGGCUUUGAUAUCCACAAACGAGAGGAAGCAUAUUUCCUUUUUGCUGAAUCUCCUGACUGCUUCUGGCUUCAGCUAGAGAGAACUGGAAAUGCUCUGGAAGAACUGAUGGAACAGAUCAGCACAUUGUCUGAUCAGGAAUUGCGGAGAUCCCAACUUCAAGUAGGACUACCUUGUCUUGGUAAAUACACAGAGAAUGACAUGUGGCACCGUGCUGAAAUCCUCCAGGUGCAAGAUGAUGUUAAUGUAAUGGUAUCCUAUGUAGAUUAUGGUAAUUUCGAGACCGUUCCCUUGGACAGGCUGCGACCAAUUAAUGACUCUCAUCUGAAACUCCCAUCUCAAGCAAUUUGUUGUCGUCUAGCAGAAGUACAAGGUGUGGAUCCAGGUAAGAUAACAGACUACCUAAACCAACAACUUUUUGAUAAGGUGGUUGAAGUUGAAGUUCAGAAACAGCAUGCAGAUGAUUCCUAUACAGUGAAACUGUUUACUAAGGGAGAGUCAUUGUCAGUUAAUGAGCAAAUAGUCAGAGAAUGCCUUGGUGAUACAUCCCUUUUGGAAGAGAGGAUUUUUGAACAUUCUUCUCCACAAAAACUCAUUUCAACUGAAGAGAGGAAAAAUUUUACCCGACCAGACCUACAGUCAGGUAGCAAAGUACCAGUGAGCUUUGUCUCAGCAUUUUUGCCUGCAGAGAUGCAGCUGUUGUUAACUGAGAGGAUUGAUGAACGAGACCAAAUGACGAGAGAGAUAACAUCUGUGUAUCAAGCCCUUAAUGAAAGUGAACUUACACUUGAAAAUCCAGUGGUCGGAAUGUUGUGCUGUGUACCCUUUUCAGACAAGUGGUGCAGAGGUGAAGUUAUAAGUACUUCUGCAGAUAAUACUGCCACUGUGAAGCUUGUCGAUUGUGGAACAAAUGAGAAAAUACCUAUUUCUGCCUUGAAAUUGCUGAAGGAUGAGUUUGCGAAAAGGCCUGUUUUUGUUGUGGAAAGUAGUUUGGCAAAUGUACAGCCAAGCUCUGAUGAUGGUCAGUGGUCACCAGAGUGUUCUAAUGCAUUAGAAUCCCUUUGCCGUUCCAAAACGUUGAUAGCUGAGAUCACACAAGUAUUUGGAGAAAUGGUGGAAGUGAUUUUGAAUGAUGAGAGUGGAAAACAAGUUAAUCAAAGUCUUGUAGAUUUAGGGUUUGCAAAGUUAUGUGACAUCCAGGAUGAUUACUUGAGAGAACAGCCAGGGUUAAAGUGGCAAAAAUUGGAAGUUGGGGCAAGCCUUGAUGUGUAUUUGAUGUCUGUGAAAGAUUUGGACUCCAUUCAGUUACAAGUGGUUGACACCGAGGAAGGUUUGGAAAAAAUGAUGGAUCAACUGAUGGCAGUAUACUCUAAUUUGGGUGAAACAGAGGAAGUCAUUGGGAACCCAAGGGUGGGGCAGGUUUGCUGUGCACAGUAUUCUGAGGACUUGAACUGGUAUAGAGCAGUUGUUACUUGUGUGAGUCCAGGAGGAGUUGAAGUCAAGUUUGUAGAUUAUGGUAACAGUGAUGUGGCUGUGAUGAUCAAGCAACUUCGGGAAGAGUUUUUCUUGCUUCCUGUUCAGUGUAUUGAUUGCGGUCUCAAUGGCAUUGUGUCAGCCUUUGAGCCCACUAGUGAAGACAUUGCAUUAAAAUUGAUGGAAUUAUAUGAAUCUAAAGAAUUGAAGGCCGAAAUUGUCAAUGUUUCUGGUGACUCUGUGGGUGUCAAUCUGUAUAAUGAAUCUGGAGAGUCUGUUACUGAUGCUCUUGUAAAACUUGGAUUUGCAUUGUCUCAAGCAACUCAGCAAGAAAUAGCAAGAAUGGUUUCAAUCUCAGAAGAUGGCAGAAUAGUUUACAAUUACCCAGAAUCUGGAGAGUGUCUUCAUAAUGUGAGUUUGGUGUCAGUAAAGUCACCAAAUAACUUCUGGUGUGAGUUAACUGGUUUCAGAUCUGAGCUCAAGACAUUAUCAGAAAAGAUUGAGGAUUUUUACCAGUCACUGGGCGAAAAUGACCUGAGGUUUUUGUGCCUGCAAGUUGGAGAUACUUGCUGUGCUCAAUUCACGGAGAACAACAAGUGGUGUAGAUCUCAAGUGACUGAAGUCCUUUCAGAGGGCCAAGUCUGUGUGUGCUCGGUAGACUAUGCCAAACAAGAAACUCUGACAAUAAACAGAAUCAAGAAACUUGAAGCAAAAUUUGCAGUUCUUCCUGUGCAGGCUUUGUAUUGUAGCCUCCACGGCAUAGAGCCUCCGCACAAAUACUAUGGGGAAGACUGGAGCAAUGAUGCACUGGGAAGAUUUCAAGAACUUUGUGAGGGAGCAGAUUUGAACAUUAAGAUCAAAGAGCAAGAUGGUAGUGUUACUCAUGUUGAGCUAUUGGACUCUGCUGGUGUAUCCAUAAGCAGUCAGCUCUUAUCUGAUGGAUUGGCAGUUGUGACUAGAUCCCCCCUGAUGGAAAGUCCUGUGAAAGGUAUUCCCAGUUUGUCUGCAGAACAAAUGAAGGAAUCUGACCAGGAAAGUUCUGAGGAGAAUGCCUUUGAGGAUGCUGAAUCUGGCCUUGAUGGAGUGGAAAAGUUAGCCAAUGUUGCUUCCGAUAAUGAGGAAGUGAGGGGAGAAAUAGAAGAUGAAUUUCAUGACAGCAGUGAUCAUGUUGUGGAGGAUGCUUCAAAUCAAGUUGUUAAAGGAGAAUCAGUCCUAGUUCAGGAGGGGGCACCUAUAGAAGUAACUGUAGAACAACUUGUGAAAGAUGAAGGAAAGGCAGAAGAGGGAAGAUGUGAAUCUGGAAUCCCAGAAGUUCUUGAAGGAAAAUCAAAGGAGAGUUCAAGUCCUGAAUGUAAAGAGGGGCUAGAAAGGAUUGACAAAGAAGUUGCACACGAUGUAGCAACGGAGAUGGAGGGCAGUGAAUCUGAUGAACACUCACAGGCAGUCCUUGAAGUGGUAGGUGAGAAACAGACCGAGGCACCAGUAGGGGAACAAACAAAUGAGUCAAACAAUUCAGAUGCUAAUGGAGAUUUUAGAGACCCAGGUCUAGAUGUGUUGGAGAAACAAGAGAAGGUGGAAGAUCAAGUUACUGACAAGAUGCAUGAAGAUAAGGUUGAAACAGGAAAGGAGCUCAGUGAAGGGUCAGCUGAGGAAGUUUUAACAGAAGGAUUCUCAGAAGAGGAUAUCUCGGAAAUUACUGGCAUGGCUGAGGAAGAAGCUACAGCGGCAACAAUGACUGUGGAUGAGAACAGGACUGAAGAAGAACGGUUGAAAGAAUCCAAACUAGAGAUUUCUGAACAAACAACUCUAGUAGAUGAGUCUGUUAAAAUGUUUUUAGAGGAAUUGGUGACUAACGUAUGUAAACCAUCAGAUGAAACAAAAGAGGAACAUGAGGAAAUAAAGAAAGACUGGAAAGGUAAAGGUAACGGCUAAGUAACAUCUUGAUUUAGUGGCUUUAAUAUUAGAGAAAACUUGUAGUACUCUUUCUCUGCGUGUUAACACUUAUUUUAGCCUGAUCGUUUGUCAGCCCCAGCCCCUUGCACUCUAC